CUGUUUUGAAAAAUAAACGCAGAUCUUUUUUAGAUCGAACCGAUUUUCGAGUCAAUGAAAAAGUUUACGCGUAGCUAGUGACGUCAACAACAAAGGCUGUAAUAAAAACAAAAACUGUAAUAAAACCUCCCGAAUCUUUUGUUGUUUCGGUUUGUUUGUUUAUUGUUUUAAUUGCAUGCAAUUUUAUUAGAUUGUAUACUUUAUGAGCGAAAAGGUGCGGAUACUACUGAAUUGGAAUUUAAUUUGUUUACUCCUCGGGGCAUCUAGCAGAAGCGAAAUUUAAUUUUAUUAUUAUUUACACUCCUUCGAAGAGACGGUAUGUGCCAACAUUAACCAGUCUGGAUGCGAACAAAUAUAAAUGUAAUAAUAAAACCGGAGACGCCGAUAUUUAAUAUGUAACAUGGAAUACAAUGGUUAUUUUAAAUCAGUAUCAUCUAAUGAAUACUGGAGUACGCAACAAAAGAAAAUGUACGUGUUACUGCCGCUUGUGGCGCUGGUGUUCCACAGCUGUCACAGCUCGAGGGUCAUCGACAGCAUGAGCCAAGCGGGAGCGCACAUCGACGACUACUGUUCCGAGAAACAUUCUUGUGAUAAAGGAACCCACGUUAUGUGCAUGUAUUAUGAUCCAAACAGAAUAAUGGGACCUCGUUGCUUCGAACCUCAAAAUGUUACUAUGGAUACAAUAUUGUCUAACAAAUUGUUGGAACUUAUAAAUGCUGCCCGAGGAAGACUGGCUCUUGGUAAAGAGAAAGGUCUGAAUGGAGAACUGCUGCCCAGAGCCUAUGGAAUGAUGAAGCUGCAAUGGGAUAGUGAACUGGCCACCUUCGCUCAGGUGUUAGCCAACCAGUGCGAGCUGAAGCACGACCUUUGCAGAGCUACCAGUAAAUUCCACGACCCUGGGCAGAUAAUAGGCUCCUGCAGAUUCACUUACCCAUGGACCCCAGUCACCAAGAUGCAGUACACUUUGGAUGGUGAUGAUCCGAUGGAGGCCAAACUGCUGCAUGCCAUGACAGCCAUCGUGAAAUCUUGGUACAGCAGGAAAGACUAUACGAGUCCUAGCAAUAUCCUCCAGUACCCGGAUUUUACCAAGACCUCUUCUUUGCCCAAAAUUUACUUGGAAAUGAUAUACGGGCAAAGUACCCACCUAGGUUGUGGAGUCUCUGCAUCAACUACAUACAGUUACAGCACGAAGGCUGAUGUUAUUCUGAAUAUAGCGAUAGUGGUCUGCAACCUAUCAUCGCGUCCCAGAAUCGAGAAUCCCGUCUAUAACGUGAACCCACCCACCCAAGUCGGGUACACCAUCAGAUGCGGCUGCCCCCCAGGAUAUGAUGAGGACGAGAACUGCCUGUGCUCUGAGAGUGAGAAAAUGUUAAGCCAAGAACAAAACCAGGUGGAUGACAACUGCAACUUCAACCGCUGCAAGCCUGCUGUGGUGUUGUUGCCUAUUUUCUCUGUCCAAGAUGCACCUCCGGAGAAGCUGAUCCCACCCAAACCGUCGAACAAAGUAUCUGACUCGGACCUGUUCCACGUUUACACACCCACUGGUAACAUUUCAGCCAUUGAUACAUUGGCACACCCUCAUCAAACGGCAAAGAUUCAGGACGUGUACAAAAAUAUUAGACAACGAGAAAAAGGAUUCAAGACAGUUAAGCCGAUAUUGCGCGAUGUUAAAAGAAGAAGUUUCGAUAAAUACCCGAUCGUUCCGAAGAUUUCAUAUCACAAAAAUAGAGAGAACGCUUUAGGAUACACUCCAGCCAAGAAAACAAGUUUAUUCUUAAAGGUUCCAAUAUUUGAACUGAAUAAAAAAGAAGAAACCCCUUAUAAGUUAAACGUACAACCAAGAAAAGACUUCUCAAGUGCUAAAAAUCUUGUUAAUAUGUACAUGAACAACAGAAGGAAGAGCUUUAAGCGACAGGGAGCCCCUUUACCGGUGCAUUCCAAAAAUCAAGACCAUUUAAAACAUGAAACAGUUUUAACUUCUGUCGAAGAAAAAGUUAUGAAUACCAAUUACUAUUUUAACAGUAGUAAAACUCAUUCAAACAUAAGUGAGCCAGUACUAAGCUCCGAUUAUUUUACUGAUUUAGAAUCAGAAAAAUCAUCAAGUGAGAAUUCUGAUAGCAAAUUAAUGCAUUUGUUAAAUAAAUUGGAACGAGAAGUUAAACAUAUUGAGCUUAAUGGUGUAAAAAAAGAAAUUUUUGAUGCAAAAAUAAGGAAAAUUUAUGGAACGAUUGUUGGAAAUGAUUUAGAUUUACUUAAUCGCAGAUAUACAGAUCCUUAUGAUACUGACAUCACAGAAAAUGUAAAAAAAGAUUUUAAUAGUAUCGAUGCUAAUCCGAAACAAUAUUCUCCUCUUUACAAUAAUAUUUCUAAAAAACUACAUCACAAAAAUUACGACUCUCCUGAUAAAGAAAGUUAUGUUCAGAAUCAUGAAAAAGGAAAAUACAUUCGACGAAAUUUUGAUAGUCUAGAAAGUAAACCAAUGGCGAGAAACAGAAAUGAUCUUAACCACAACGAUGAUAUUGAUAAAAAUCGUAUUCGCAGUUUAAAAAAAUCUAACUAUGAUUUAGACUUAUACAAUGAUAGACUUAAUAAAAAUGAUGAUUCGCCCAAAACCAUUUUUAGGGAUAACGAGAUUUUAAAACCGAGAAAUUCACAUAAUAAUAAAUUAGAAAAUCUUCAGGAUAUAUAUACUGAUAUUGACGACGAAAGAAGCAGACACGAUACUAUGGUAAAAAAAAGAAGAUUAGAACACAGUGACUACAACAACCCAUUAGAUCCUGGUAGAAGAAAAUAUUACCAUGCAAAACUUGAUAAUUUAGAGAGGAAACUCCAUGAAACUCGUACCAAGCAUCACAAAGAAAAUAAGGGUCGCCCUUUACGACCUGUCAGACCGGCAACUCGAGAGGAAUCACCACUGAGACCUGUCAAGACACAACUGGAUCCCUUCUACAUGGCCGACAGAGCGAGGUUUCUACAUGGAUUUUGAAAAUAAA